UCCUAGGCAGAGAGCCGGUGGAGAGAAGGGAGGAGGUGGGGGUGAAUAAAGCAGAUCCUCAGCCUGUGUGUUUCGCAGACAGCUAUUAACUAGUUCUGCUGCUGCCUUUCUCCUAAGCACUAGCUUCAGCUGAAUUAAAACAAAGAGCAUUAUGGUGAAGUGCCAGGGAACAGAAGUUUCUGCCUGACUCCUGGUUUUGAUCCCGUCUCCUUGUCUUGCUGCACCAUCCGGAUUAAGAGGUGCCUUGUGUCUGACAGCUGCCUGUUGUUCAGCUCUUCAAUAGCAGAGAGGACCCCAGCUGUUUCUAGAACAGGUCUCUGGGUAGAAGGAAAAGCAUGACGGACAACAGGCAGGAUGAGCCCAAGUCAUCUCCUUGGGCAGCUGGACAGCUCAUGGAAGCUUCCUCUCUCCCGCAUGCCACAGACAUGAAAGAACAAGGAGGGGCAGGAGAAGGGGUAGUCCACAGCUCCAAUGGCAUUCCCUUCAGAGAGGCAGAGGACAGAGGAUAUGGGGAGCGGGCUCUCCAGGCCUCUCAUCCCAACACCAAGGAGAAUGGCAUUAAUGGGGAAAUGCCAUCUGCAGACUCCGAAACUGCAGAGGAGGUAUCUGCACGAAUAGUCCAAGUAGUAACUGCUGAUGCUGUAGCGGUCCUGAGAGGUGAACAAGAGAAGGAAGCCCAGCACAAAGGACCCCCGGGACAUCUGCCUUUAGUUGUUGAAGAUACGACCAACUUGCCUCCUUCUCCUCCUCCUUCUCCUGCUUCUGAACAGAUGGCUACAGUGGAGGAAGAAGAGAGAGUUAAGGGCCCUGUGACUGAGGAAGAAGAAAAGAAUAUUCAGGGGACAGAAAGCAGGUCAACUGAGCCCUCUGUCUUAGGGCUCAGUGAAGACCAAGCUGAUUCAGGCUCUGAUGUCACACAGCUUGGUGGAGAAAGUGUUGUAUGCGAAUUACCUGGUGGGAAAGGUCAAACAAAAAUCAAGACAGAGUCUACUCCCAUUACGUUGCCUUCCUUACCAGAGGAAGAUGUACUUACAGCCUCGAAGAUGGGAGCACGAGAACAGUUGGAUUCAAUUCCUUUCUCUGUGGAGGUUGUGGACACUGUCGAAGAUAUGACAACAAUUAAAAAGACUGAAGAUGAUGUGAAAGAAGAUACCUUGGCUGUGCACACACCCGAAAAGGACAUGAAGAAAUGUGACAAGGAAGAUGAGGUUCUCCAAAGCACUGCUGUAGGAAUGGAACCAUCGAAAGCUGAUGUCUCCACAUUGGAUCCAUGCACUUCAAAGUCUUCUGAUGCUGAAACACAAGAACUUGAAAUACCAAAGGAUAGAAAGACACCAGAAAGCGAUACAGGCCCAGACACAAUCAGAGAUUUUUCUAGCAAGGACAAAAAUAAUCUUUCAAAUCCAAACACUGAGACUGAUGUUCAGUUCACUAGCUACCCUUCAAAAGAAAGUGAAAGUUCUUCUGCGCAAUCAUGGCCUGAGUUGGUUGAGGAAGGACAGGAAAUCAAAAAUGAACUUCUUUCACAUUCAUUAUUACCAAAUACAGAUCAAAUUGAUAAGGAUACCACAGGUUCAGCCAAUGUAGAACCAUUUAAAACUGAUAUAGCCAAGGGUAGCCCAACAGAUAACAUAAGCGAGGUAAUUUUCUCAGAUGAUGAUAAAUCUGGUGCACAUAAACAGCAUAGUGUAGAUGACUUACCUACAUCAACAACUUCAGGUGUUGUGAGUGAGAAAGACGUGCUCAAUCAAAAAGUAUAUGAAGAUGAAAAGUCCGAUAUUCAGAGCUUACAACCCGUGGCUGUAAGUAAACUCUUGCCCCAGCAAGAUGAAAUUACUAUUAACAAAUCUAGUGAUAAUGUAGACACAUGCAAAGAAUCUGAAACAAAGGAUGCAGCAAGUAUCUUAGAUGAGUCAAGUCAUCUAAAUGUUGCAUACCAUACAGAUGAUGACUAUAAUAUGGAAACCCAGUACUCAUCACCUAAAGAUCAGACUGAGGAAUUUGAAGUACUUGAAGCUACUAAUGUUUCAGUGUCUGAGUUUCCUCAAAAAACAACCGUAACCCAAUCUAAACCUGACAACAAAGAGCAAACUGACAGUAAAACACAACUACAGGAAGAUAAGUCUGGUAUGUCCACAUAUUUUGAGACUUCUGCUUUGAAAGAUGAUGCAGAAAGUGCAGUUCAGCAAAGCAGUGAUUAUUAUGAGUUGACUGAUGUAAAAGAGCCUCCGUAUGAGACCUGCUCCAUGCCUCAUUUAGAUAAAGGUGAGGAUGAUGAAGACAAUGAUGAUUUAGAACCAAUUGCUGAAGAGAAGGGCACUUCUGGUCAUGAAGCAGGAUAUAGCACGCUCACAUCUACAAAGCUAGCAUCUAACAUCGCUAAAGGUGACAGGUUGUUUACUAUAGAUCCAAAUAUCUAUGCAGACAAAUCAGAGUUCCUUAGCAAAAAUAAAGAUGAUCUCACUCUCAGUCGAAGCCUUGGCCUUGGUGGUAGAUCUGCAAUUGAACAGAGAAGUAUGUCAAUAAACCUCCCUAUGUCCUGUCUUGACUCCAUAGCACUAGGCUUUAGCUAUGCUCGUGCCCAUGACCUCUCACCCUUAGCAACAGAUAUACUUUCAAAUACAAGUGGAAGUUUAGAUGACGGGGAUGAAUCUGAUUUACCAGCAACCACCCCUGCUUUAGAGAAGGCUCCCUCAUUCCCAGAAGAGUCAGAACAUGAAGAAGUAGAGUAUAGAACUGAGACAGAAAAGACCACUGAAAAGGAAAGGUUUGAGCUUGAACCGUUGUGUGAAUCACAGUACCCAGCCAAAGAAUCUUAUAAAAAUGGCACAAUAAUGGCACCUGAUCUUCCUGAGAUGUUGGAUUUAACUGGAUCUCGGUCCCGAUUAGAUUCAGGAAGUGCUGAUUCAGAUGCAGCCAGGAGAAAGUCUGGAGCUUCUGAGAUCAUUAUUGAUGAAAGUAGUGUUAUCCAGCAAGCUACGGCUCUUGAUGGAAGCCAACUUCUUGUAAAGGCAGACAGUCAGCAAGAAGAACUGGGCUAUUGUGUUUUCAACAAAUACACUGUGCCUCUGCCUUCCCCAGUGCAGGAUAGUGAGAAUUUAACUGGGGGUAUGUCUACACUUUAUGAAGGUCUUGGAGUGGAUCCAUCAAUCAUUGAGAUCAAGUUGGCAGCUGCAGAGAAAAUGGAAAAAGACAUGCAAGAUCUGCCUAGUGAACCAGUCACACCAGGGUGGGACACAGAACUGGAUAAAAAAGCCUCUGAGACCAAACUUGACACAGUCUUAGAAAAAAGUGAGGAACACAUAGAUACAAAAGAUACUUCUGAAAACGUAGAAGGAACCAAACAACAUGGGCAAACCUCAGAGCCUGCUUUGAGCAUUAUAGUAGAAAAACCAUUAGCAGAAGAAAACAAUGAAAAACCUAUUGACAUGCAACACACUGCACAAGAAGAAGACGUACCAGAGAAAGAUUUGAAAGAUACAUGUCUUUCAUUAUCUGAAGUUGCUUCCCCCAUUGCAACAGCAGAGACAGCUGCAAAGGAGAUAUCAGAAACAGAAGCAUCUCCAGAGCUUUCUAAGCAAAUUAAAGAUCACCCAGUGUCCGAUGAACCAACUAACAUUGAGGUACAGUCAACAGUUGCUUUAAAAGAAGAAUCAGCUGUUGCCUCUGAAGACAGUAUGAAGGCCAUUGAUUCCAGUAAAGUCAAAGAUGCCAAAGAAAGCAUUAAUAAUGAAAACAUUGCACAAAUGAAGGAGGGUGCCAAACUUUCUGAAACAGAUUUAAAAGAGAAAGGUGCCAAGCCAGACUUAGUCCAUCAAGAAGCAAUGGAUAAAGAAGAAUCAUAUGAAUCCAGUGGAGAGCCAGAGCAGACACAGGAAUCUUCACUGGAAGUGGCCAAAGAGAUCCUGGCUGAAGAAUUAGACAAACCAGACACAACUCUUGAAAUUCCACAAGAACCUUGUGAUGUAUCGGUUUCUCAAGCAAAGGAUGUCAAAAAAGAUGUUGAAGAGGAAGCCCAAGUGGAAAUCUUAACUGAGUCCCAAACUGAUGAAAAAGGAGACAAUUUGGUUGAAAAGGAGGAGACUGAACAAGAGAUUACAAAACCAGCUGAUGAAGAGUAUGACAAAGAAGAGAUGGAAGUGAUAGAAGAAAGCAGCAAAGACCUAACACUGGAGGUCCCAGAACAGGAGGCAGAACCUAAGACAUUUGAUGAAGAACCUGCAGUUGAGUGCUCAGAAGAGGUGACAGGAGUCAUAGAGUCUGUAGUCACAGUUGAAGAAGACUUUAUUAAGGUGGUACAGACCACUGUGGAUGAAGGUGAAUCAUUGGCUCACAGUGUUCGCUUUGCUGCUGUGGUACCAGCAGAAAGUGAAGAGAAGCCCUACACAGAAGAAGAGGAGGAAGAAGAAGAGGAGCUUAAGGAUGAACCCAAGGAAGGCUCACCUUCCAUUCCAGGUUCUCCAGAAAAAGAAGAGACCCUUCUCACAGACUACAAAACAGAAACACAAGAUGAUUACAGAGAUGAGACAACAAUAGAUGACUCUGUGUUGGAUACAGACAGUGUCUGGGUUGAUGCACACGAUGAUGACAGGAGCAUUAUGACUGAAGCUAUAGAACCCAUCCCUAAGGAAGAGAAGGUUGACCGAGACUUGCAGAGGCCUCCCGUAGAGAAGCAUAGAAAAGAAAAGCCUCUCAAAUCUGGCCGCGGUCGAGUGUCUACUCCAGAGAGGAAAAUAACCAAAAGGGAAUCCAGCGCAACCUCCAGGGAUGAAGUGAGAAGGAAAAAAGCUGUACUUAAGAAAGCUGAACUUUCUAAAAAGUCUGACGUUCAGGCCCACUCUCCAUCCAGGAAAAUUAUUUUAAAACCUGCCGUCAAGCAGUCUAGACCUGCCCAACUGGCCUGUGCGAGAAGGAAGCCGGCAGGGGGGGAGUCACAGCAUGCCUCUAGUGCUGUUCGGCAGGCCAAAGACAAGGUUAUGGAAAGUACAAACAAGAGUCCAGAAAAGCGCUCAUCAUUGCCAAGACCUUCCUCCAUCCACCCCACCCGGAAAAUCUUCCCUGUAGAGAAAGAAGAAAACUCGGUUUCUACUAGCAUGUCUGUGUCAUCCUCAGCACGACGCACCACCAGGUCUGAGCCAAUUUGGAGUAGAACGGGUAAGAGUGGCACUUCUACACCAACUACCCCAGGCUCUACUGCUAUUACACCUGGUACACCACCAAGCUAUGCUUCUCGAACACCCGGCACACCAGGUACCCCAAGUUACUCCCGCACACCUCGCACUCCAGGUACACCAAAAUCUGCCAUGUACUAUGCGGAGAAAAAAGUGGCAAUCCUCCGCACACCUCCAAAGUCUCCUGCAACACUUAAACAAAUGCGUGUCUCAAAUCAACCCAUGCCAGACCUGAAAAAUAUUAAAUCGAAAAUUGGAUCCACAGAAAACAUCAAGUAUCAACCUAAGGGUGGACAGGUUAAGAUCUUAAAUGAGAAGAUUGAUUUUAGUGGAGUUCAGUCUCGUUGUGGCUCCAAGGAUAACAUCAGUCAUAGUGCAGGGGGUGGAAAUGUCCACAUUUUAAGCAAGAAGAUUGACCUGAGUCAUGUGACAUCCAAAUGUGGAUCUCUGAAGAACAUUCACCACCGGCCAGGAGGUGGGAAUGUGAGAAUCGAGAGUGUGAAAUUGGAUUUCAAGGAGAAGGCCCACGCAAAGGUUGGUUCUCUGGAUAACGCUCACCAUAUCCCUGGAGGUGGUAACAUUAAGAUUGACAGCCAGAAGCUGAAUUUCCGAGAGAGUGCUAAGGCCCGUGUUGACCAUGGCGCAGAAAUCAUCACACAAUCCCCAGGUCGCUCCAGCCUCGCUUCCCCACGCCGUCUCAGCAAUGUGUCCUCUUCUGGAAGCAUCAAUCUGCUAGAGUCCCCACAGCUUGCUACCCUAGCAGAAGACGUCACUGCAGCCCUGGCCAAACAGGGCUUAUGAAUGUGUUUUAAUUUAGCAGUGUAUGAAGUUAAACAUAAAUAUUAAUAAUAUUAAUAAUGAUAAUAUUUACGCAUGAGCUCUUGGCAGGAUUUGGGCUCAGAGCAGGUAUCCCAUCCAUUACUUAACAGAUCCUUCUACACAGCAUACAGAUAUUACCUAAAGACAACAUCUAUGUCAAGAUUUAUUCAUUACGUACAUCAUUUUCCACUGAAAUCCUCCAUGGAGAGUAGGGAUCCUAUGAUUAUGAUAGACAGGUUUCCUCAUUCUGAUUUAUCAACGUUCACUGAAUUAAGAGCAAACCUCACAUAUUAGAAUACUCCCAAAACAUCACCCCAGCUGUAAUCACUGCUCUUGACUAGUCUUGCAUGGAGCCCUAAAGUACUUGGUGUAACUUCAACAUGUGCCUGCCAACCACCCAAGCAAAGUUUGUAUAAGAGCCAUGUGCAGUUAGAGAGGCUGCUCGUCUCCCUGUUCAGAUAGUGGUCCACCUUCCAUAAACCAAUCCCCAUUGGCUAGUGACUACCAUUAAUGCUUUUCUGCCGUGCGCCACCUAGAAAUGUGAUCGGUUUUAAAAAGAAAUAAACACACUUGCUAGUACAUGUCACAGAAGCCGGAUCAUUGUCAGCAUGCAAGCUGACCAUGCUAAUGGAAAAACGGGCCACUGAAGGAGAAGAAAUGGGGAUCCAGGGUGGAUAAGGAACAGCAAACGUAAAGCACUUGUUUUAUGACUAGUUCCUGUAUAGUUGUUAGACUCGUAGUUGCUCAGAUGACCUGCAUUGCUCUGUGGAGCAUCAAACUCCUUCAAGCAGCAGAGAUCAUGAAAAGAAACUUAGCUUUGUGCAUAGGCAAAACAUUUCCGCUACCUUUUUCCACCCGUUUGAUACAGUAUUAUUAAUCUAGAUGUAUAUAUAUUUCUCUGUGGCCAUGUUUUCAUUCACUCUCCCGAAACCCUUUCAUAUACUUGAAAAUUCCAUUUCUUACUCACAGUAUCUGUGUCUAUUGCGCCAUUUGGUAAAGCAGUUUUAGGUAGGCAUAAUUUAAUGUUAGGAACGCUUCUCAUUUUUCCUAUAUAAAAAAAUGCAAAAAAAAAAGAAA